AUGGCUUCAGAAGAAACCCCCCUGCUGACGUCAAGCAACGAUGGUGACGGAACAGCGCACGAGGCUGUUUAUGACCGGUUCAACCGAGAUCAGAAGAGGUGGAUCGUGUUCAUAGUAUCUUUUGCGGGUUUAUUACCAAAGUUCGUUUCAGCCUCAUUCGUGCCCUCCAUUCCUCAGGUAGCUAAAGAUCUUGACGCGACACAUGCUGCUGUCAGCUUGACCGUCAGUCUUUCGAUCUUUGCGAGUGCUGUCGGGGCGUUGGUUUGGGCUGCGUAUUCAUCUUUCUAUGGACGCCGAGCGAUAUAUUUGUGCGGGAUGCCAUUUUUAUGCGUCGGGAGCUGUGGUGUCGCGAUGUCGACUUCGUUGCGGAGUUUAUUAUUCUGGAGAUUCGUUCAGACGUUCGGAUGCUCCGGAGGGUUGUCGUUGGGGGCUGGUGUUAUUGGUGACAUAUACAAAUUAGAGGAGCGUGGCACUGGUAUUGGGAUAUUCCAGGGUGCCACGCUUCUCGGCUUUGCUGUUGCCCCGUUUCUGGGAGGCAAAUGUGCGGCGGCGCAAUACUGGUCCUGGCGUAAUUUGCAUUAUUCCCUUGGUGCAUGGGGCUUGCUCGAGAUACUUCUCAUAUACCUUAGUUUUCCUGAGACGAGCCAUCCCGGUACAAUCGGCAUCGAUAAAAUCACGCGCAGGAGAUGGCUCCAUAUCACAUGGAUUAAUCCUCUGAAUAGUCUGUGGCUGCUUCGCAGUCCGAAUCUAUUUGCGGUUAUGCUUGGUUCGAGUCUGGUGCCCAUUAGCGACUAUGUUCUCCUCGUACCGCUCGCGUAUACUAUUGGCGUUCAGUAUGGUAUCACGAAUGAUGCCAUCAUCGGAGCGUGUUUCCUCCCUAACGGACUUGGGAACUUCAUCGGAGCCCCGCUCGCUGGCCACUUGUCAGACAUUGUAGUCAGAAAAUGGCGGAAGAAGCGCAAAGGAGUGUGGUUUCCGGAAGACCGCCUGAGAGCGACGUGGAUUGGAGGGUUGUUCUUGGUCCCUUUGUCCAUCGCAGCGUCGGGGCUUCUCACAACGUAUGUCGGAGGUCUAAUCGGUCUUUGGUUGAAUCUAUUGUGUCUUUAUACCAAUGGAAUGGGGGUCGACUUUGUGAUGAACCCAAUUGGUUCUUAUAAUGUGGAUGUAGUGCACUCUCGAAGCGCAGAGAUCACAGCUGCUAGCGUAGGGAUCAGGUCAGUCAUUCUGUCUGCUGCGACUGCUCUUGUCAUCCCAUCGAUCGAGCACAUCGGUGUUGCGUGGACGGACAUCACCGCGGCUGUUCUUGCACUCGUUGGACAAGGGAUCGUUUGUUUGACAAUUCGUUAUGGAGAUCGUAUGAGGGCCAGCGCAGAUGUUGGCUUCUCGACGAUACAGAAUAAUUGA